AUGGAUAUAAACGCCACAGAUGCUUCGCCAUUCUUACCGUCAAUUCUGACAGUCCCAAACCUUGUUUACAUUCCCAAACCAUUCGACAGCGACUCCUAUCUCAGCGCUACUUAUACCGUGAGCAGGGAGGCUUUAAUUUUAAAAACAGUGUCUUUAGUUCUAAUAGCAAUAUCUGGGAUAUUUGUCAAUGGUUUUAUUACUUAUUCUGUUAUCAGAGACAGAAAUCUACACAAACCGCCAUUUUAUUACCUACUAAGUUUCUGUGUAUCGGAUUUAUCACGCGCAAUCUUCUGUAUCCCAUUAGUGAUGACGUCAGUGUUACAGGGUUCAGUGUGGAAUUAUGGCAGUGCUGCAUGUAAACUAUUUGCCUUCGCUAAUUCCUUCUUUGUGUACAGUUCAUGCAUGGUGUUGUUGGCUAUUGCAAUUGACCGUCAUUUAUCUUUAGUGCAUGUGAAGUUUUACAAGAAAAGAUCCCGAGGUGUGGUCAAUCUUAUUUCGGUCAUAAUUGGAUGGACAAUUGCCUUCACUAUGUCAUUUCCACCUGUCUUAGGAGUUGGCAGCUAUGUGUUUAUCGCAGAAGAAGGCCAAUGUACCUUUCACCACAAGCAUUACAAGAAAAAUGAUACUCUAGCAUUUAAAACUGUGUUCACUCUUAUAAUAUUGUUAACUUUAUUUUUGUAUGUCAGAAUAUUCAUCUUUCUUCGUGAUCAUCGACGCAUGCGCCCUUUAGAGUUACAACCUGCUCGAAGUUCGAAUUGGAAUUUCUUUGGUCCUGGUGCAAACGGACAAGCAAUGAUUAAUUGGGUAAACGGAUUUGGUGGUCCUAAUCCAAAUCCCGUAAUCAACCACAAUAACCAGAAUAUAGUCAGGAAUAAUCAAAGGCCUAAUAUUGGUCGUGUUUUGAAUUUACAAGUUAUAAAAAAUGAACAUUUAACUCGGCUAUUUUUUGUUGUAACAAUAGUGUUUGCUGUGUUAUGGACUCCAUAUACUAUAGUAGGAUUUUGGCGGAUUUUUGGACAAGCUUCUAGUAUUCCAUCACAUAUUGUGACUGUUAGUGCCUGGAUGACCUAUGCUCAAAUUGCUUUGUGUCCGCUAGUGUAUGUUUUAUCUCGCGGUCCGAUCCGGAAGUCAUCUCGGACGAUUUAUAGCAAUCAUGAUAAAAAGGAGUUUUUGUUAGAAACACGCAACCGGAAGUAG